UGUACAUACAGUAUAUACUGCCGUGGGCGGUCUGCGGCCGAGUGCGGAGGUAUUUGUAUGGGGAACGGCGACAAUCCCGCAAUGCCCCCCUGUCUUUCAGUUCAUCAGACUAACUAUUCGGCUCCAAUACCUUUGCUCUAUCUGCCGUCAACCGAUGAAAUAGGCGCAAAACCAAUCGACAGAUUCGCCGCUCAGAGGAUCCCCGACUGAAAAAAGGAACAACCAGCGAAGGUCCAGCCAGAAUGGCUCCCUCCAAGACCCCCAAUCCCGCGGCGCCCUCAGCCAGCGCGCGACCGUCCCUCGAGCAGAACACGAACCCGGACUUCACAGACCCGUCGUUCGAUCCCGCCGAAUAUCUCAACAAUGCACUCCCUGCCCUGGCGCUGGCGUCUUCGCAGUCGAUCCCCAAUAACAACAGCGGCAGCAGCAGCAAUCCCCGAGGCGCGGCGCCGGGAUCCUCCUCCUCCAUUCCUUUGCCCGAGAUGUCCACACAAAUCCAGUCCGUUCUCUCGCAGAUCAGCGCGCACAAUGUCCGGCAUUCGAGCACGCUCACGCGACUGACUGAUGAGAUCUUGCGGGGCGGCAGUCGGCUGGCCUACGAGGUCGAGGUGCUGCGCGGCGAGACGAUCGCAUUGUCGGAUACGCUCACGGAGGCGCUACGGGGGGAUAUUGCCAAGUUUGUUCCGGAGGGUGUGGAUGAGAGUUCGGGCAAAAAGGUGGACCAGCAGGAGGAGGGUCGAGAUCAUGACUCCGGAGCUGUCGAUGUCGGAGCGGGGGGUGUGGAUGGCAAGGCUGACGAAACAGACACAGAAGCUGCUACGAUACAGGACCCGGAGUUCAUUACGAAAUUACGUAUGCUGAAUCAGGUGCGGGCUCGGUUGGAGGAGGUCGUGCAGACCUUCGGGGAUGCGAUGGAGUGGCCCGUUCCCCCGUCGGAGACCUCCCUGGCUUCAUCGUUCAUCUCGGUGUCGGCGCCGGAGGCCGGGCCUGAGAAUCAGAGUCGAGAGGAGAAGGGCCAGGAGGUGGCCAGGCAGCUGCGGGCGGAGGUGACGGGGCUUCUGGAGAGCAAUGGUGGCGGUCUGGAGGGGAUGGAGGCUGCGUCGCGCCGGGUCGAGGCGCUGCGGACGUUGGCGUUGGUCUGGAAGGGGACUGCCGAGGAGAAGGCUCGGAAUCGCGCUGUGGACAGCCUGGCAAAAAUCGUUGAGGAUCGUCGCAGAGCUCUAGAAAGCCAGACCCGAGCGGACUCGUCCCAGCAAGCGUCGGGCUCUUCUACUAAAGCACAGUCGGCUGGCCACCGGCGGCAGGAGAGCGAAGGCCCAGCCGGUGGUAUUUUCCGCAACUUGCAGCGGUUACGCGAGGAGAUCUAUCUUGAAUGA